AUGUGGCCUUCUCUGAGCCAUACCCUCUUCCCACCCCCUACUGCGUCCUGGCUCCAGACAGUCUCCUGGGACCCACAGGCCCAGGGCUGGGGGGCCUGGAGCAGGACAGAGAAGACCCUUAAGGAGCCAGAAGACGGGAGUGGGACAGAGAGUAAUGAGGGAGCUGAAAAAGACAAAGAUGCAGGCUUCCUGCUCUCCCUGCUGGAGCCAGAGACCCUGACUGAGUGUGCGGCACCUGACCAGGAGCUGGAGGCCAUUAAAUUGAAGCUAUGGGCCAUGGAGAAUGCCAAGCCACCUGAUGUGCAGGGCGAUGCUGGGGAGGAAGAGGGAGCAGAGGCCAAACAGCUGCUGAGCUCCACGGCCAUGGGCUGCUCCUUCCCUGACACCCCCAAAGAGAAAGUGGAAACCGACCACAGAUCCAUCUACGUGGGCAAUGUGGACUAUGGGGGCUCGGCUGCGGAGCUGGAGGCCUACUUCAGCCCCUGCGGGGAGAUUCAGAGGGUCACCAUCCUGUGCGACAAAUUCUCCGGACACCCCAAGGGCUAUGCCUACAUCGAGUUUGCCUCCCCGAGCUCUGCCCAGGUGGCUGUGAAGCUGGAUGAGAGCGUGUUCCGAGGCCGGGUCAUCAAGGUGCUUCCCAAGAGGACAAACUUCCCAGGAAUCAGCUCCACGGACCGAGGUGGGCUACGGGCGCACACAGGCAGCAGGGCGACCCCCUUCCUGCACAGCAGCCUCCAGCGCAGACCCUGGUUCAGAUCUCGUGGGCAGAGUAGUAGGGGCCGCGGACGAUUCUCACCAUGGUUCUCACCAUAUUGA